GGUCUUUAAAUACCCCAAAUUCCUUCCACUCUGGCGCCAGUCUCCAACGUUUUUUUUUUAUUCAAAUUUUCAUGACCAAACAGUCUACUUAGCUCUUUCGCUCUUUCUCUCUCCACGAUUUUCAGUUUUUUCUAGGAACUCCACAGCCAUGGUUGUAGCACAGAAGGUUAAGGAAGCGGAGAUCACCGAGCAGGACUCUCUUCUUCUGACAAGGAACCUGCUUCGUAUUGCCAUAUUCAAUAUUAGUUACAUCAGAGGCCUCUUUCCAGAGAAGUAUUUCAAUGAUAAGUCUGUUCCCGCUUUAGAGAUGAAGAUCAAGAAGUUGAUGCCUAUGGAUGCAGAGUCUCGUAGACUGAUUGACUGGAUGGAGAAAGGUGUCUACGAUGCAUUACAGAAUAAAUACUUGAAGACGCUUUUGUUCUCCGUAUGUGAGGCAAUAGAAGGCCCAAUGAUUGAGGAAUACGCAUUUUCUUUCAGUUAUUCUAAUUCUGAUAGUCAAGAUGUUUCAAUGAAUAUCAAUCGCACUGGAAACAAGAAACAGGGAGGCACUUUCAAAUGUAACUCCACAGCAGAGAUUACUCCCAAUCAGAUGAGGAGUUCCGCAUGUAAAAUGAUCCGUACCCUGGUUCAGCUGAUGAGAACGCUGGAUAGGAUGCCUGAAGAGCGCACAAUACUGAUGAAACUACUCUACUAUGAUGAUGUAACGCCAGCAGAUUAUGAGCCUCCGUUCUUUAGGAGUUGCGCAGAAGAGGAGGCUAAUAACCCUUGGACUAAAAGCCCUCUCAAAAUGGAGGUUGGGAAUGUCAACAGCAAGCAUUUUGUGCUUGCUCUCAAGGUAAAGAGUGUACUCGAUCCUUGUGAUGAUGAAAAUGAUGAUAUGGAAGAAGAUGAAGUGAGCUUGGGAGCUGAUUCUCUACAGAAGGACGAUUCUUUUGAAUCUGACAGUGAGGUUAACCAAUCUCAAGAAAAUCGAUAUGUAGUUGCGCCAGUGGAAAAGGGACGAGCAGAGGAAGACAAUGACAUGGUUCAUGAAGAUGAUACUCAGGAUCCAGAGGAGGAUGAACAGCAAUUGGCUAGGGUGAAGGAAUGGAUCACUAUUCAUCACCUUGAUACUGUUGGGCUUAAUGACGUUCUUUCCAAUUUCCCUGAUAUCUCAGUAGUUUUGACUGAAGAAAUUAUGGACAAGCUUGUAAAAGAAGGUGUUUUAUCAAAAACUGGAACAGAUACCUACACCAAAGACAAGCAAAAGAAAUCCGAUUUUGAGUUCAAUGUGGUGAAAGAGGAAACGGAUGGCCCAGCAAUUCCAAUUGGUAACAAAGCUCCCCGGAUCGAUGAUCAGAUGUACAUAAGGGCUUUAUAUCAUGCUCUUCCUCUGAAAUAUGUGACAGUCGCAAAGCUUCAGAGCAAGCUAGAUGGAGAGGCCAAUCCGACGAUUGUCCGCAAACUAAUUGAGAAAAUGACUCGAGAUGGUUACCUUGAGGCUAAAAGCAGCCGUAGGCUGGGCAAGCGCGUUAUUCAUUCAAGUCAAACUGAGAAAAAGCUUAUGGAAGUAAAGAAAGCCUUGGACAACGAUGUUAUGGAUGUUGAUAACAAUCAACAAAUUAUCAAGUCCAACCAUUUAGAAUUACAGAAAAUAGGGAGUGACUAUAGGGAUAACUCAACAUGUGGUGUCCUCCAUUCGAUAGGAUCAGAUCUUACACGCAUGAGGGUUAUAUCCGACAUUAAUCAUAAUGGAUCAAUCAAGAGUGAGCAGACUAUCUCAAGGACAAAGGACCUUGGCAACACUCCCACAAGCAGAGCUGAGAAUGCACAGCCAGUAGCUUCAAGAGAGAGUUUCGCUCCAGGAAAUGAGAGUGGAAGAGCAAAUCGAACAACAAAUUACUGUGAUGAGGCAGACACAGUCAUCUGCAGCAGAUCGACUCAAGACAAAAGGACCAGGAAAACAAGCACGGUAUCACGGUUCUUCGCAAAUAUGUCUUUUUCGGAUGCCACCUAUAGGAGCGAGCCAAUAACCUUGUCUCACAAAAGUUUGAAAGGGAUAUGGAAAGUUAUAUAUAUAUAUAUAUAUACAAAGGUGAAAGGUGUAAUAAGGAUGACUUCUUGGAUCAUCAUGAUUGAUGUUGACCUCUCCGUCUUUAUACACAAAUCCAAGAUGAAGAUAAUAAUUGAAGGGGGAAUCAUGAGCUAUUUUAUUUCAAUAAGGUAAAAUGUAAGUUCACAGUUCAACUGCAUGAACCUUAGAGGGAAGAUGGCAAAUUAGAGAGUAUAAAAUAUGAGGGAGAGAGAUAAUAUUCUCUCUGUUGUUUGAGACUGAAUGGAUGGCGAAUGUAAAAAUAAAGAUUAAGAAUUUUUUGAAAUUAUAAGUAGAUAUAUUUAUGUUUUGUAA